AUGUCCAAUUCGUCAGCACCCUUACUACUUUGGCAAAGUUUUGACUACCCAACGGACACGUUAUUGCCUGGUGCUAAGCUUGGAUAUGACAAACGUACCCAAAAAAAAAGUGUUCUAACUUCAUGGAAGCAUUUUUAUGAUCCGGCACCAGGAUUGUUUUCUCUGGAACUGGACCCAAAACAUGGUCAGUUUGUUCUUAAAUGGAAAAGGACUACACGGUAUUGGGCUAGUGGUUCAUGGAAUGGUCGUAUAUUCAGCUCAGUGCCUGACUGGCUGAACACAGUAUACAAUUACAGCUAUACAGACAAUGAGAACGAGCUAUAUUUUACAUAUUCCCCUUUUAAUAGGGCAAUCGCAUCAAGGUGGAACAUGGGUCUCUCAGGACAAGUUCAACAACUAUCAUGGUCGGAUAGUUCCAUUGCUUGGACUCUACUCUGGUCACUGCCUAGAGAACGAUGUGAGGUUUAUGCUAGUUGUGGGGCGUUCGGGGUUUGCAGUAAUGCUAACGCAUCCUGCAAUUGUUUGAGCGGUUUCAAGCCAAGAUCAACUGGUGAAUGGAACUCGAAAAAUUAUUCAGGUGGCUGUGUAAGAAUUGGAAAGUUGCAAUGCAGUGACAUUGCUGAAGACAAUGACAGUUUUUGGAUGAAUUUUACUAUGAGAUUACCUAUUCCACAAUAUACUAAUGUCACAGUUGAGGACGCCUCACAGUGGGAUCUGUUCAAUUUGGAACAGCUCAGCGAAGAUGAAACAGGAAGGACUAUCUUUGUCAAACGUGGCUCACCUGAAGCUCAAACUAAGGCUACGAGAUCGAUGAAGCUGAUAGCUUUACUUUCAUCCAUAACAACUUUUAUGGCUCUACUGAUAGGCAGCUUUAGCUACAUCUACUUUAGUAGAAGAAGAAGAAGAAUGGCAAUAAGAGCAGUUAAUGAGGAGGAUCAACCUACUCCACUAGCCGUCGUGUUUCCCGUCCAUGGGGGAGAUGUGGACCAGCUCGCAGAUAGCUCAUGGUGUGACUCUGCUACAUCCGAGAUGGGGAAGGAGAGGACAAUGGAGGUCGAGGGUGCGGCGGCCACUGAAUUUGGACAAUGGAGGUCGAGG